AUGUUUCGAUACCUCUCACUGUUCCUCCUCCAGUUUAUUCUACUUCUGGUAAGGUUUAAGGCUUUUAGUUAUCAAACACAACCGAAUCAUGAUUUCCUUCGAUUUAUUGCCUUUUUAUUUUCAAAGGGAGUCUGUAAACAAUCUCGAUAGCUCGUUCAGACUAUAUAGUUAUUACACAAGACAAUUUUGUUACGCCAUUUCUUCUUUAUAAUUUUAGAGACUUGAGUGAGUUAGUGUGUGUAACGAGGUUUUGUAAACAGCAAUUCAUUCAGCCCUUUCAGAUAUGGACAUCUGGUGUUUCGAGGCUCUCUGGCGCAAGAAAUAACAAGUUUACUCGAAGUCUUAAUAUUUCUUUAAGUUUCUUCGAGCUCCCAGUAUGGCUUUUGGUUUCGCGCUUUACAUUUACUAAGUACCAUGUUCCUGCUCUAGGGCGAUGGACUCGGUAAAUCUGCGGUGAAUACGCGGAUGAAACGCGGCUUAUCUUCCCACCACCAUCACUCGUCGAAGUUAUCAAUAAAAGACCUUGCUCUUGAGUUGGCAAAGAAACACGUAAGUAGUUUGAGUAAAUAAUUGUAUCUUCUAAAUGUAUGGUUAAUACCGCCACUAAGAGAUUAUAAACUAAUCUCCUGUUGUCACUCAAGUCUGUUACCACCAAAACAAACCACCAAUGUAAAGGUUCUACCGCAUAACGAAAAUUGUUUAUUUUUCUCUUUACAAUUCUGGAUUUUUGAAAAUCUCUUUUGCCCGUACUGUAUCAUCAGCUUUAGGUACGAUAGUAAACGUAAGUGUCACGACCAUUUACAAGAAAAAUUCCCGUCAGCAAACUAAAGAACCGUGUCAAUAGGGUUUAGCGCAUUACUAAGAUGGCUUUUUCUGUUUGUAGUUGCUCAAGAUGAUAGUUGAUGAGCAACAUGACUUAGAUAAAGCAAAAGAGAAUGUUUACAUCCUGGAAAGAGGUUUGUUAAAAAUGUUAACCACUUGGGUUUUGGAGACUAGGAUUAAAUUGGUUUUAAUUUGUUUUAACACAGCUACGAAGAUUUAAAGAAAAUUUUGCAAUUUCUUUUGCAGUUUUUGUCAAAUGAUAUGCAAAGAAUACAAAAGACAAAUUGGAUUAGAAAAUGUAUGAAAAAUAAUAAGAGUGUGAUUGGAAAGUAAAAAAUAUAUUCUAGAGAUUUAUGGAGGGCCUAAACGAAAACAAAACCAUAUUUGCAAAAAAUCUCUGGAUUGCGAAAACUUUAAAAAAAAAUCGCAAAAGCGAUGACGAAAAUCGAGAAAUUCAUCGUAGAGGGAAAAAAAAGACCCAAAAGAAAUUCAUGAAAAUCGCAGAUGCUCGCAGGAAACAAAAUUUGAAAAGGAAAUACACAAGAGUCGAAUGUUUGCAAAACAAAAGAAAAUUAAAGAAACAUGGCUAGAUUGCAGAAACCAUGGAAAAUUGUCUAAACGUGUGUCUACGUACGAACAUCACCAAAAGGGUUAAGGGAGGCUCCAACUCCAGCCAAAUUUACGCCAAAAAAAUCACAAAAAACCGUUUAGUUUGAAAAAAAAUGCAAUAAAAACUGAUGCUACUUCUGUAAAAUCCAAGAACAGGCUCAAUUUAAGUGGUUGGCUUAACACCCAAGAAGCGGAAGCUUUAAUUGACAUGAAACUGUAGAAAAUCGCAAAAUGUGCUGAGAAUUAAGAACAUUAAAUUAGAGGAAAAACAACACUGGUUUCUGCCGCAUUACGAAUUGACAUAAGUAUAGGUGAUCAGAAGACUUUUUAAUCAAAUAUUUCUAUGAAAAGAAGGAAAAUCUGAUCAACUAAUAUUAAACUUUAUCUUUGACUGAAACUUCUUCAGACAGGUGCACAAACAUCAAAUCUGUUGGAAAACCUAUCACUCACAGCACUCGGUCUUAUACACAAGGAGCUUGGAUGAAAGACCCACUAGGAAUCGUGGGUGCUGAGACCAUAUUUACCAUGGAAAAUCAUUACGCAAAUGUCAUCCAAGCGUUUGAAAACAUGGAAAAGUUCAAGGCUGGUGUGGUGCACAAGACUUAUUCUCUGCCUUAUUACUCUGAUGGAAAUGGAGCAGUAGUGUACGGACCAUACCUCUACUACAACAGGUGAAAUAUUUCAUGGUUUCCAACUUUAUCUAACUUACAAUUAUAAAAGAGACUUUUGACUUGUUUUACAGAUAGAUAGAUUCAAAACACGUGUUUUAAAGAUAGAUUUUUGUUUACAGGGGGGUUUCUUCUCAUUAUCAUGAAAAUUGAAACAUUCUGCAGUAUGAGACUUUAAGUAGAAAUUAGUCCCAUCUGAUAAAUCAUUUGUUAUUUAUCUUUUGAUGACAGAGCCAACUCAGCUUAUAUCAUCAAGUACAAUCUUCUCACAGAGCGUGUGGAGGCUCAAAUUAGUUUAAGCGGCUUUUCAGCGCGAAAGAACAGCUAUCGAUGGGGUGGAUAUGGUGGAAUGGACUUAGCAGUUGACGAGCAAGGACUGUGGGUUCUUUGGGGAGAUAAUGGAAACAGCUAUCGUUUGCACGCAUCAAAAAUAGAUGUGCGUAAAAAUACAGUCACCCACACAUGGAGCUUGAGUACAGGUAAGUAUGCAACAUGAAGCUAUGUUAACAGAGACGAAACCAUAAAAUAAAAGAGAACGAGUUAAUGAGGUGGGGAUAUUUUACGUAGAUCUCAGUUAAGAGCGAUUAAAGAAUAAGCGAUAGAAUGACUGACCCCACUCCAAGCACAGGGCAGCAACUGAAUUAAGGACACUUAGUUGAAAAAGGCCCUAGCUUUCUAAUUGAGCAUAAAAGACACAAAUAAAUUAAAUUAAUCGUAAAUGAUCAAUAAAUGAUGACAAAAAAGAAAUUUUCCUCACAGAUGAGGAGCAAGUAAAGAAACUGUAGAUAAAGAAGCUUAAAGUAAGUCAAGCCUUGACAGAACUCAAACCGUUGCCUUCCUAGUUGACUUUACACACACGUGAGCUAUGGUAUUUGAUCACAAACAAAAGAAGUAUUCUUUCCACAAGUCAGGAAAUAAAGUAAGAUAUUAAGCCAAUGCACAUCUUUGCCAAAUGAAUUUUGUCGAUUUUGUAUUUAAUUUUGACUCUUCUUUUCCCCGCGCAGAGAGGAUGUCCUAUAUGGGAAAUGCUUUUGUGGCCUGUGGAGUGAUUUACUGUAUUGACGAAUACAGCAGCAAAACCACUACCAUCAACUUUGCUUAUGACACCAAGACAGGGAAACAGUGGAUUCCCAACAUUAAGUUCACAAACCAGUAUGGGUACAACUCCAUGGUGGAUUACAACCCCACAGAAAGAGUGCUGUACGCUUGGGACAACAAACGUCUUGUUACCUACCCUCUCACCUUUGAGGAACAGUAG